AUGAUUAGUUCAAGAACAAGAGUGCAAGCUGUGAAGUUGCUUCAAACUGUGCGUUUCGCUUCUCAAAAAGCUUCUGAAGAAGGACCAUUAUACCUCAAUCCCCAUGCUUGGAAAGGUUUACCAGCUGAUCAAAUUUUUGAAUUGCAUAACUUAAGAAAAGAUAGUAUGGGAGAAAAAUAUAAUCCUAGUGACGAAGAGAGAAAUGCUAUUCUUUCAACUAUAACAUCAUUAGUUAAGAAUAAACCUGAGUUGGGUUAUACUUAUGAAAUAGAUAAUUUCAAAGAAAGAUUCAUGAACAACACCCCACUGAAUUUAAAAGGUUUACCACCAAAGAAGAGUAAUACUUAUGUCAUAGAUCAAGGUUCCAUUCCACAUCAAAAGAGAAGAAUUGAACAAUUAACCAGAAUUUCAGCUUAUGAAAUGCCAUUAUUAGCAAAGUUCCGUCAACCUUAUACUCCACCUGUUAAUUCACAAAGUCCUAUCAAAUUAACUUAUAAUACUGAUUUUUCAGAUGAAACGUCAAAUAAAAUCAACAGAUCAGUACAAUUAAAAGUGAAUUUAACAGACUUGAAGUUAAAUGAUAAGCAACAACACAAUUUUAAAAUCUUAUCUGGUAAUAAAUUUAAUCAUGAUACAAAUAUUUUCAGUUUAAAGACUGAUCAAUACCCUGAAGCUAUUCAAAAUGCAAGAUUUUUAGUGGAUACAUUAAAUAAAUUAAUCACUGAAUCCAAAGAUGCAAAGAAUGACUUUUCAGAUAUUCCAUUAGAUAAACGUCAUAUGAAACAGUUACAUAACAAGCCAGCACCUCAAUUCCCAGAAAGUUGGAAAAGACCAGAAGAUUCACCUAUCGCUAGACAUAAAAUUGUUAACAGAUUAGUAGAAGUGGUCAAAGAUAAGAAGGAUAACGAAUAUAUCUCCAAUCUUAGUCCAUAG